AUCCAAUACUCUCUGUCUCUUGUCUUCCUAAAGUAUACCCAGUCCAACAUGGCAGACUCUUCAGCAGCUUCUCCGUCUACAGAUUUCUCGUCAGCGCCCCCUAAACGGACCAAGAUCGUGUUGCUGGGAGAUCAGAGUGUUGGAAAGACGAGUUUGAUUACAAGAUUCAUGUACGAUACAUUUGAUAACACAUACCAGGCAACAAUAGGCAUCGAUUUCUUGAGCAAAACCAUGUAUCUCGAGGACCGGACAGUGCGCCUUCAGCUCUGGGACACCGCUGGCCAGGAAAGGUUUAGGUCUCUCAUCCCCUCGUACAUUCGAGAUUCCUCCGUCGCCAUCGUCGUCUUCGACAUCACUAACCGCCAGUCAUUCUUGUCAACGACCAAGUGGAUAGACGACGUACGGUCGGAACGAGGGAACGACGUUAUCAUCGUCCUCGUCGGCAACAAAGCUGACCUUUCGGACAAGAGACAAGUAACGGUGGAAGAAGCCACGACUAAAGCUACGCAACUGAACAUCAUGUUCAUGGAGACAUCAGCAAAGGCAGGCCAUAACGUGAAAAGCUUGUUUAAGAAGAUUGCCAUGUCCUUGCCUGGGAUGGAGAAGGAUGCAACUGCGGAGGCCAACACAAAAAUCGACGUCUCAACACCAACGGCUGCAGAAGUACCAGAGGCAUCACAGUGCAAUUGCUGA